UCGCAAACCGCCGUUUUGCUGUCUUGCUUCUUUCUUUUUUCACUCUCGGAGAUUGUACGAAAUCGUUCGUACGGGAUAAUCGUAGUGGUAGCGUUGAAAAUGCCUCUCCUUUCGUUUCUUGGAAUAAUAAAUACGGAUUUCUUGUAUCCGUCGAGACUGAAAAGUCAAUCACAUCCAUGUAACUCGAUGCGCGUUAUUUUUCUUCUGCGAAUCUUCCAUGUGAAGCUGAUACAAAUACCAAGGCGGGGGUAGUUCUUUCAUCGCGAUGAUCAGAUAGAUACUCGGCAUCGUUUGAAUCGGAAUUUAGUCCAGAUUAGAUGAAAUUGGCAGCUGACUUUCAUUCAGAAAUACAAAGUUGCGAGUCCUAUUUUCGAUCGAUGUAUUCGACGACCGAAAUCUUGGAAAUAGCGUCGACGCGAAUUAAUUUUCUCAACGAGGAUCUUUCGUACGUUUAGAUUUCAACGAGAGGCAACCGUGUGUUCCGAAUGAUGUGUAAUGUACCGCUGAGAGGUAACGUCCAUAAUAUUUCUUUCGCGACAGACCCGAUCGACGAGCACAAAAGUAAAAGAACGUAACCUGUUGCGGAAUGGAUUGCCAACACGCCGUCGUUGCUUGCAAGUACGAUACUGUGCAUGUAGGAUUCUCAAGCGCGAAUGUUUUUUAAGUUGCUUAAAGAAAAGGAAAACAAUUGGGAAAUAACUCGAGGACGAAGAAGAGUAUUGAUCGAUCAAACAAGGAUCAGCCAUUUAUCAAUCGGGUUAUUUCAUUUCAGCAUUUGGGGACAAAUGCCUUUUGCUGCAAAUAGAACUUUUAUUCGUCGAUUACUUCACCGUUCCUUAGCGUAAAAAAAAAAAAAGAAAAAAAGAAAAGACGGAACUAAGAAUAUCGUGAUUCCGUAAAAGCACCAAAUUUAUUCUGGGUUCGUUCUGAAAAUUUAGCAAUGACAUACGAGGGUAAAUUCGAUAAUGAGCGAAUGUGACCGAUCGGACACCGAUUCCUUGCAGAUAAUAACGGAUUCGAUGAAACGAAAUGUCAUUCAUAUCUGGAUGCUUAAUUACAAAAAGGAAGGAGGAAAAAUGCUAAAAUAAAACUGAAAAAAAUAAAGGCCUCGUUGAAAUAUUUUAUUUCCAUCGAAUUUAUCGCUCGAUUUGAUUUGUUUCCUCCAUUGCCAGACUUUCGGACACGCGGUUCGAUGACGUAAACGAAGAAGAAUAAAUGAAAUAUUUUAAUAAACUCGCCACAAUGUCGUAUCUGUUUUUUUUUUUUUUUUUUUUUUUUUUUUGUUUCGUUCACAUCCGUAAUUGCGAAUCGUGCAAUCGGACUUUUUUCAAUUAGUUUCGCUACGAUACCUACUGUUUGUUUUUCUUGUUUGUUUAUGGGAUUGCCUAUGGUGUGUCAUAUCGAUCUUUGCAAUUGUGAGAUUAUUUCUAGUGGAAAAUUGAUUACACUUCGAAGAUCAAAGUUGUCGGAAGUUUAGUCUGUAAUCUUUGUCACUUCCUUAAUAGGAAUUCUAAUGAAGAUACUCCUGUUCGUCCUUGAACACUCGUAUUUCGGGAAAAUGUUCAUAUUCAUAAGAGAGAUAUAGCUGUCAAGGAAAUCAUUCGUCGAUAAUUUGCGUUCAUGAAUAUCAUUGUAAUUACAGUCGAAGUGAAAAGCUUCGCAAUAGAAUAACCAGGUUCGUAAAGAAAAAAAAAAUUAAUUUCAAAGAUGAUUAUUUUACUUUUUGGUUCGGUUUCGUUUUAACGUUUAAUAAUUUUGCCAUUCGCUGUAUAGCUUCGAGUAAAAUGUCAAUGGGCGUGUAAAAAGAGACCAACAACGAAUACUUCAAAAGUUUUCAACCAAUAUCGCCCACACGCAGAAACAAAUAGACACAUUAUUUAAUUGGAUGAAACGUCGAGGCUAACCAGGUUCGAAUUUUAUAUCUUCGUUAACUUUCAUGUCGGCCGAACAAAAGCAGACAGAGUAUAAACUACUAGAUAACGCGACGAGGAGAAUUUUGCAAUGUUUAGUCUAGUUUUGGUAUAGACAGAUUUAAGUAGAUUGCAUUUAGAAUAAAAGAUUGUCCCCUGAAUAUCAUCGAGAGCGCGUGUUAAUCUACCUUCGCACGAUCACUCCGAGGAUAUGGCGAUUAAGGGGCGGUCGCUCCAUCAGAAUAUACAAAGAUACUCUUUUAUAACAAACCUUGCUCUCUGCCAGGAUAAUUCUUUUACGGAUAAGCUGGCGAUGAAUUUGAGUAAAAGUGACCGUGAAAUCGCAGUAGCCCAAGAAGCGGCAUUCUUACGCUCGAGUACGUUCAAAUGGAACAUGGUUGCUCAGAUUUGUUCAUUCGUCGGCCUCCAAAGAGCAUCCUCUAGUUCUAUCGCAUCAUCGUCCGAUUCCACGGCUACUUACGACCCUUUCUUCUAUCGGCCGCUUCUCAAAGCUCGCAGAAAGGUCGCUCGAGACGCAACUGGCAUAACGAAAUGCUUCCACGUAAGAAGAAAACGUUACUUCUAACGGGGCAGCUUCUUCUUCCGCAUAUUCUGAUUUUUAAGGUUCGCAUUUGCAACCGGUCGCGUUGCGACCCUUCGCAAUGAUUUACGAUCUCGGUAUCAUCACAGUAAUACAUCACGUAUUUUAUCCACGAUCCAACCGAGUUUCAAGUUCCUUAUCUUCGUCUCAGACAGUAGCAAUAUCAAUUAACAGAGUCCCGAACGGGAGAGAUUCGAUACGAACGUUUGAUCGUUCGACGGAUACGAUAUGUCAUUAGGAAAAGAAUCGAUCGUCCUCUUUCAUUUCCUCGGAAUUCUCAUUCCAGUCCCUCUCUGUAGAAACGCAAAGGUAUUCUAAUGCUUCUAAUUUGUACGGCUUUAGACGAGUAGAACGGUAUUUUAUUAUUUGCAUCGAAUCCUCAUCCAGACGAAUUUCAACGAUACGCUCGUUCCGUCGCGUAUCGUCGUAACGAUAGACUAGGUUUGCAAAGCGUGUAUUAUCACUUACCGAGUUGCCACGUUCUCCACAUAUAUUCAGCAGGCGACCGUAUUGAGAAGAAUGCGCGAGAAUCACGUUGUAUCGUAAUUGAAAAUCCAGUGGACGAGAUAGAAGUCGUUCGGACGUAAACGAAAGAGGGAAAUCGGUCGCGCAACGGCGGACGGGCAACGAGAUGAAGUCAUCGGACGCUUAGCCAGAGAUCGGCUGGAAGCCAUGAAUUUUUCGUUGCGGUUUCAUCGAGUAAAAACUUGAAUCGCGAAUAAAAUCGCGGUGAAGAGGAACAGCACGAUCGCAAAGCGUUCGCGAACGACAUGUCCGAGGAAGAAACGACAGAACGGGCCGAUCGUAAUAAAACGUUCGAGAUAGACAGACCAAUUCGGGGGAAUCGUACGGGGGACCUGCCGGAAUUCUUCAACGUCACUCCACUCGAUGUCAACGCGACGAACGAGAUCGACUCAUUCUACUUCUACGAGACGGAACAAUUCACGGUCUUGUGGCUGCUGUUCGCGAUGAUAGUCGUCGGGAAUAUCGCGGUGCUAAUUGGCCUGCAGUGGGGCAAACGGCGUAAGACGCGCAUGGAUUUUUUUAUCAAACAGCUAGCGUUUGCGGAUUUAUUGGUAGGCCUGAUAUCCGUGCUAACGGAUAUAAUUUGGAGAACGACGGUGACCUGGCACGCGGGCAACGUUGCCUGCAAAUUGAUAAGGUUCAUGCAAGCCGUCGUUACGUACAGUUCUACAUACGUACUUGUCGCAUUGUCGAUCGACAGAUAUGACGCCAUUACCAGACCCAUGAAUUUCACCGGCAGGUGGUGGAGAGCCAGGGCUCUGGUGGUAGCUGCCUGGGGCUUGUCGGCAUUGUUCAGCGUGCCGAUUAUUUUCCUGUACGAGGAAAAACGCAUACAGGGGAAGACACAAUGCUGGAUAGAUCUGGGAUCUCCUAUGCAAUGGAGGAUCUACAUGAGCCUGGUCAGCUUUACCCUCUUUAUAGCCCCUACUCUGAUAAUAGGGGGCUGUUAUGCCGUGAUCGUAGCUACUAUAUGGUCGCAAGGAGGGGCAUUACGUCAGGGACCUACUCGAGACACCAGGAGAGCAUCGUCCCGAGGACUCAUUCCCAGGGCUAAAGUUAAGACGGUCAAAAUGACUCUCGUUAUAGUGUUCGUAUUCAUUCUUUGUUGGAGCCCAUACAUAGUGUUCGAUCUGCUGCAAGUUUACGGAUAUGUGCCGGAGACCCAGACUAACAUCGCCGUGGCCACUUUCAUUCAAAGUUUAACACCUCUGAAUUCAGCGGCGAAUCCGAUUAUAUACUGUCUCUUCAGCACGUCGUUUUGUAAAACCGUACGGAACAUACAGGCGAUCUCGUGGGUUUCUGGAUGGUGUGCAACGAAUCCCCAUCAUUGUUUCGGCACCGGUGCUCCGAACAGCAGCACCAGGACAACGGUAACGACGUCGUUGACGGCGCAGUCUUCGAGAAGAAGCGGGCACAUCGCCAUGCUACACUCCACCACCAGGAAACGUGUUAUGGUGUCUCUGGUUUAAGGAACGAACGAUGGGAACUGCAUCUAGAAUUCAUAUUAGAUAUACGUAGAAUUCUUCCGCCUAACGGCUCCUGUUGAGCUUCGACAAAGAGGCCACAAGUAUUACGAGUCUCCGAAAUUAUGUUCGAUACUUCGUCUACAUUUCUCGAAUCACCACACACGAAUCUUUCAAUCAUCAUAGAACUUUGUUUUAUCUUCUCUUCGAUUCUUUAUCUCUUCCUUGUCGAGAAUUCAAGGGAAUGAAAUUGGGACUCGUUGUUGCGAUACAAAGUACAAUCUACGUGUUAUGUAAUGAAUAUUGGAAUCAUAAUUUGGGAGACCGCGGAGAAAUGUGAAUAAAAUAAGUUUUCUAUUCCCGCAUUUACGUGAUCAGUAUUUUAGGCGAGAUCGUGCACGGUCCUUAUAUUUUUCAUCCUCUGAGUGAAACGUAGCAUCUUCUUAUUAAUGAAAUUUUCAAAAUGUCAAAGUUGUUCGGAAUUGCGGUAUUUGUACAAGAAAUUUACUAAUAGCGGCAAACGAAGGCCGAAUAGCGAGAUACGGCUCUACGACCGACCAGCAAUAUCGUUUCGUUAAAUAAACUCCGAUUUAAUGAAGCCGUUCGCCAAGUUUCAGGAGGAUGAAAGGAACAUUAACCUGGCAAUUGAUCAGCCUAUGUGGAAAAUGAUACGCUCAAAGUAUACAUGUACAUAUAUACAUAGCGAACGAACGGCAGCUUCAUGUGUAUAUACAUAUGCACGUUUUAUAGUCGCGCACGCACGCACACGCGUAUACAUAUUUGCACGCAGGCCAGAUACACACCUACACACGUGAAACCAUAAAUGUGUAAUAUAUUCAUGUAUUCCAUCCGUUCGCGAUCGACGCGAAAACGCUCGGCCCUUGAGGUGGGUUACUUUAUUAGCGAUCUACGGGAACGAUAAAUCUCUACCAGCAAGACAAUUCCUCGUAUCGAUUCGCAUCUCUACGAACAAACACAGUUGUGCAACAAAUUCAUCUUUGUACCUUUGAGCGAUCGCGAACCUCUCUAUCGUGAACACUCUGUCAAGCACUAAAAUGAAACACUGCUGCAAUGAAAACAGCUUCGUUCGAACAUGCGAAAAGAUUUACCGUCCAUGAAUCGGAACGGCAAGAUUUAAUUGUUUAAUCGACCACUUGAACUUUCCUACUAUGUAUUGUGUUUCAAGGUUGAAAAAACCCUUUUAUAACGCAGUUAGAUGUUACGAACAUGCUACGUUUAGAUACCAGUAGAUGAAGCUGUAUUCGUGAUUCGUCUAUUCGUUAUUUAUUGCGCUCUAUUAAGAAAAGAACGAACAAGAAUAAGAAAUAAGUCAUGAAAGAUAACGUGGCCACUACGUCUUCGCGUGAUAUGAAUAUUUUCACUGUGCACAAAGUUUGUACAUACUGUCGAAUAAACUCGUGCAGAACGCGCUGAGUAUACCUUU